AUGAGCAAUACAAAAGUGUCGUCCGAGUGUCUAAAAUCCCGUGUGAUCGAGCUCGGCAUCACACGUAGAGUCAAGGACGGCCGCAUGGUAACCGUGCUACUAGAAGAUAAGAGCGAGAAGCCGCACUCCCGAGAAAACAGCGACAGCCAUGGGUCACUGCGCUCGGCAUCAUCUAGCGGCAUGACGCGCUUCGAGGCCGCGCGCGAGGCUGCUCGGGCCUGGAGUGGCCACGGAGAGAUGUCGAGAAGGGGCUAUUCUUCGCCGGCUUCACAGGAGUCGGCGCAUUCCACUCGGAGCGCACCGGCUUUGGUCCACCGCAAAGUUCUGUCACCGUUGAAAUGGCGCCGCAAAAGCACUAACCGAGGCGGAUCCUCCAAAAAAUGGCUUGAAGACUAUGAACAGAGAAUAAGCAGAACAUUCAGCGAUUCGAAUCAGUCCUCAUCAGAGACUGAUCGAGGAUUAUCACCGUCUCGUCGCUCGAGUCCCCAAGGAAACCGCAGCCGCAGGCACGCAUCGCACAGUCGACAUCACACCAGGCAUAGUGAACAUCAGAGGGAGAGUCAAGGUCCCAGCACUCUGGUAGACACUGAAGCUUCAGGGAAUUUAUCCGGUCAUGGCAAAGAAAAGGCCACCGGCGCUCAAAUCUCUCCUUCCAAAUCUAUUGGGAAAGUCACCGAGACAGCCCAGGACCGUGACCCGCAAGCCAACAAUAGCACCAUGUACUCUAAUUCUGGACCAAGCACACCCCAUGCCACUUUUCCUGGCUUUGUACACCAACAACUACAGUAUCAUCAUCCUCUCAAUGCCUUCGCUGCCCAACAUGCUGCCACAGGACUAGGAACCACUCAAGGCUUUCUCCAACCUUCGGGCCAGGAAACCACGAACGGAUACCAUGUGUGCUAUGUACCUCAUAGCUACCCGUAUCAAGUUCCGCUUUUCUCAUCGUCGGCCGUCAUGCCCCAGCCUUUUGGCCCUAGUCAAAUGACGAAUACACAAGUCCAGACGGUAACAGCCUGUCAAGCUGCUGCUUUCACCCACAUAACCAAUGCAAACAAAAAACCAGAACAGUCCGAAGAUGGUCCCAAAGGGGGGCAGGUAUCUCAGUACCAGGUGCCACAAGUUGUCGUUUACACGACCGUUAGCUCUCGAGAUAGCACAGAAACGCCUCUUGUUUCACCGACGUACAGCGUCGAUAUCUCCCAGCCCUUAGGCAUCAGAGAGACUUCUACGGCCACCACUGACAGCACGAUGACCGUAAGCACUGAAAAUCACCCCAAGGGUUGCUCAACCAGAGAUGGCACACUUGGCAGGAUAUCGCUUGACUCGGAAGCCGCACCUCGACCGGAUAGCAUGCGAUCUGAGACCAGCACAAAUUCCAAAACCACUAGCCAAGCUCAUGGACGGCUCUUAGGGCCUUUGAGCAAGCACUAUUUCUGCUUUGGCUGUGGUAGGGUGAGAUCCAAACGAUUUCACAGGCAAAACCCCCUCAAGGAUAACCAGGAUCCAGACACCAACUACUGCGCAAAUUGCCGUCGCGAGCACGCAAAGAAGGCAGCACAUAACUCGGUCUCGUCACUCUCCUCGGCUUAUCCAGAAGUCGUGAUGCCGGAGUCGUCAAGCAUUGGAUCUACGAGCCACUUGAGCCACCCCAACAAGUACCAACCUCUCCGAGAGAGCUCUGCGAGACUGCUGCCCGACACUCCGACAAGGAAACCGACCAGUCGUGAAGGAGGUAACCUCCUGUGUGGUUCCCCGGAGCAGGAUUGCCUGAUAUCAAGUCGUGGGAAGUCAAAUCCCAGGCUUACUACCCCCAAAAGACAGACUCUUCCUGGACCUCGCUCUGUGAAGGCUGGUUGUGGUCCCUGCAGCAGCCACAACAGAACCUACCGACCGCCCAGCGUCGAGUCUGUCAUAGACUCCUCCCUCGAGUAUACCAAUGGGACGCCGAGGGUUGAGCAGCCUCGAUUGCAGACCCGAAAUUCCUCUGCUAAGCAUACAGGUGAAACUACAAUGGGAGCUGUUCCAGACAUCUCCGGCCUGCAACACUCGGAUGAGUUGAGGAGUACCCCUUUGAGCAGCGAGCCAAAGCAGGUUCGGUUUGAUCAGCGACUCGAUGAGUGGUUCAGCCAGUCCUCGCAAGCUCAUCCAGACGGCAGCGAGUACAGCCAAGAUUGGACGGUCCACCAACUCAACCACGAUCACGACAACUUUGAGAGCCACGAAGAUGCUGUCGGUGAUAUAGAUUCCAGCAACAGCUCACCCACAGUCCUUGGGGAGAACCAGAGUUCUGGAGACAAAGUCACCAAUGAGAACAAUUUAUACAAGGAACAGGUUAAUGUGGAUGACGAUGAAGAGGAGGUGGACGACGACAACGACGAUGAUGACCCAUUUGCCAUCCCAGCUCGCUCUCACAAGCCCAAGCUCUUCCCAGUCACGAUCCGCAUGGUCAAAGAUGACUCAGACGUGUCUGCUCGACAGGAGCCAGCCUCGCCGUCACCCAUGCCACGCUUUCGAAGUGUAUCCGACAGGGGCAGCCCCAUGAGGAACUUUUCCGAGAAAUUGGCGGCCACUAAACACGAUCCCGUAGCUCUGCGGCCUCGGUCCUCUCUUCCAUCUCGUCAACCCCGCGGAGACGAGGGCUCCACCACGGGCUCCCACUGUGGUCAAGAAUCAGAUACUGUCGAUGAGAAACACCCGGAGGUAGAUACGCCCGCGGUUAACAGAUCUCGACGCGCAGCGCCAGCUUCAGUAUCUGCCUCAGCCUUCCAGUUUCGCGCCAGCGGCCCGCAUAACUACUCCUCCCUGCCCCCAGCUCCAGCCUCGGCGCCCCCGACGCGCAGGGUAUUUGACUUCUCCUCCCUGGCAAACGACUACCGGGAUGAGUCGGAUCCCUUUUACUCCCACUCUAUAUCCGAUUGGGAGCUAGAGCAGCGUUUCCAAGAGCUGCACCAAGCCGGCUCCUGGACUGACCCUAAUGCGCACACGGACUUCGGUGACUUUGCAGAGUAUGAAGAGUGCGGCUCUGAUAUGCUCGACGAGGAUGGCACCGACUGUGACUAUGUCCCGCUGCACCCUGAUGAUGGGUACUUUUCUAUGGAAUAA